AUGGCAAGUAAAUCAAGAGAAAGAGACGAUCUCCAGACUUAUAUCACGCCACAUACGCAAAAGCAGCAAGGGAAAUAUAAUAAAUAUAAGCAAGGGAAAUGUGGAUACAUCUGCAAUCGUUCAGGAGGCAGGGGUGAAAGUGUAAUUGAGAAAGAAUAUAGGAAACGUUAUGUCAUUCCCAAACGAGUGCUAAAGAACUGCCGUUUUGUGAAGGCACAUGUACGCGGGGACGGCGUCGUUAGCGUUACAGCGUGCUUCGACCACUUAGGUCGCAAAGUGAGUGCGGCCUUCCUCCCACUUUCGCGCAGUGAUGAAGAAAAAAUAGUGUCACUCUUGCCAAUCGGACUUCCUUUUCAAACGGUGGGGAUCGUUGCUAAGCUUUGCGCGGAAUGGAAUCCUGACGAAGAUGAAAGGAAGCACGAACGAACAUGCUACAUAACCAUGAGGGACCAACAUUGCUUUCCGUCGUGGUCUGUAGAGGGUCGGAGCUCAAACGAUGAUCGAUUAUCUUUCAAAACCCUGUCAAGCAACGACGAGAUUGCUGCUUACAUACUACUUGAUACUGAACAGAUAACGGGCGACGGAUUUAUGCUAGCAUUUAUAACCGUUAAAGGAGAAGCUAUCUGGAACAGAACAGUAUGGGAAACGCGGAGUACACAAAGUGUUAUCCAUUCGAGUAGACAACGGACUCAGAAUGUUGUCAAUCUGCCGGAAACAAUCGACCUGGGCAACAUCGCUAAUGGUGAAGUGGAUCAGCGGGUUAAGCGAUUACUGGACACGGAGCGCGUGCUCCUGCUGACAUGUUUUAUUUGUGGAAAAAGGGCCCCAGAAGAGGACGAGGAAGACCAAAUCCUCUGGAUAAGUUGCUCGAAUACUAGGGAGUAUAAAGCCUGGGUACAUGUAAAGUGCUCAAGGAUAGGAGACUAA